AUGGCGAGGUCCAUGGCCGCAACCGCGGCACUCGCGGGCUGCAUCAGUCAGGGUGCCGCCUUCGCGCCCGGCGCCCUGGCCAGCGACGCCUCCCUGCGCAACGCUGGGCUCCAGAGCGGUGCUGCCGACGCCGGCGCUGGCGCUGCGCCACAGCCGCGUUCCGCGACCACCGCCGUGGCGGCCGUGGUGGUGGCCGUGGCUGGGGCGGCGCUGACCCGCACGCGCAGGGGCGGCAAGCAGUCCGCGGUGGCGUGCCGUGCGCAGCUCACGGAGAUCCCCUACGGCGCCGAGCGCGUCACAGCGAACCCGGUGGCUGGCAUGGUGGGCGCGCCGUCUGAGGCCGAACGUUUCCUGAUCGGCGGGGACGAGAUCUACGACCCUCUCAACAUCUACCUGCCUUGGUUCCGGGAGGCCGAGCUGAAGCACGGGCGCGUGGCCAUGCUCGCCUGGGUCGGCAUGGUGGUGCCGGACUUCGUGCGCAUCCCCGCCUUCGGAGACGUCGCCGGCUGCUACGAGGCCUCCUCGACAGUCGCCGCCCACGACGCUUGCGUGGUGGGGAACGCAAACGGGCUGGGCGGGCCCCUCUUCCAGGUCUUCGCGUUCUGCGGCUUCUUCGAGAUGCUGACCACCUACCCGAAGUUCUGCAAGACCGGCAACGAGGUGACCAUCGAUAACGCCGGCGACUACAAGCUGGGGAUCAAUUUCCUUCCCACGGAGACGGCGGCCGCCAACGGCAUGAAGUUGAAGGAGCUCAAGAACGGUCGCCUCGCGAUGCUGGCCUUCAGCGGCGCCAUCACGCAGGCCGUCGCCACGGGCAGCGGCUUCCCCUGGCUGGGCGCCGUGGCGACGGAGAAGGCCGGCAGCGGCUUCGGCGCCAGCGUGAGGGGCGCCAGCCGUGUGGCCAUGCGCGCGGGGCCCGAGGGCGGGUACAAGAUGAGCAAGGCUGUGCCCUUCCUGCCAGUGGUUCAAGGUCGCGAUGGCGAUGUGGCGUGGUCGGCGUGGAUCACCACGGCCUGGGGUUCCGGCGUCCCCGGCGAGCCCUUCGCAAACUUGUCGACCCUCGAUGCGCACGCCGCCAUGGUCAAGUUCGGCACUCCAUGGCCGCAGAAGCUUUGCUGGGCGGCUACUUCGAAGCCUUCGGCUUCUGGCGUCAUCAACGCGAUGGAGGGCAAGACCGACCGCAAGCCAGGCGACUUCGGCAUCCGCACUUGGUACCCCAAGGACGAGAAGGGCCAGUACGAGAUGCAGCUGAAGGAGCUGCGGAACGGCCGGCUGGCCAUGCUGGCAUUCGGCGGCAAUAGCCACCGCGGGCCGCUUCUCCGGAGCAUGGAGUCGACCCGCUCGGCUUUCUCUGACACCUUCGACCUGAAGUCGGCUGCGCGAAACGCCCUGAACGCAGUCUACACCGAGACCAACGGCCUCAUCACUCUCAUCUUCCUCGCCGGCUACAUCGAGAGCCAGACCUACAACGGGAAGGUCACGAUGCUGGACAUGUUCGAGGGCGAGGACGACAAGGUGCCUGGGGACUUCAACUUCGGCAGCGGCUUCCUGAAGGGCAAGACCGACAAGGAGGUCUACGACAUGAAGCUGAAGGAGCUCAACAACGGCCGGCUGGCGAUGCUGGCCUUCGGCGGCAUGGUGCACCACAACCUGGUCGUCAACGGACCCCUCUUCCCCAUCUUCCCCGACGGCUGGAAGGGCCCGCAGGGCACCUGGACGGUCAACGGCUUCCCCAUCGAGAGCAUGGCGAGCAGGCUGGUCGAGGAGGGCGGCGGCAACAGCCCCAUCGGCGUGCAGUUGCGUGACGUGGUGGCAUGGAUCACCAGCGUCGAGUACUGCUUCCUCGUCUGCGGCACGCAUCCGAAGCGGACCCCGCCGCCGAGGAAGCCCACAGCCAGCAUGGCGAGGUCCAUGGCCGCAACCGCGGCACUCGCGGGCUGCAUCAGUCAGGGUGCCGCCUUCGCGCCCGGCGCCCUGGCCAGCGACGCCUCCCUGCGCAACGCUGGGCUCCAGAGCGGUGCUGCCGACGCCGGCGCUGGCGCUGCGCCACAGCCGCGUUCCGCGACCACCGCCGUGGCGGCCGUGGUGGUGGCCGUGGCUGGGGCGGCGCUGACCCGCACGCGCAGGGGCGGCAAGCAGUCCGCGGUGGCGUGCCGUGCGCAGCUCACGGAGAUCCCCUACGGCGCCGAGCGCGUCACAGCGAACCCGGUGGCUGGCAUGGUGGGCGCGCCGUCUGAGGCCGAACGUUUCCUGAUCGGCGGGGACGAGAUCUACGACCCUCUCAACAUCGCUGCCAGGUGCCCGCAGUACCUGCCUUGGUUCCGGGAGGCCGAGCUGAAGCACGGGCGCGUGGCCAUGCUCGCCUGGGUCGGCAUGGUGGUGCCGGACUUCGUGCGCAUCCCCGCCUUCGGAGACGUCGCCGGCUGCUACGAGGCCUCCUCGACAGUCGCCGCCCACGACGCUUGCGUGGUGGGGAACGCAAACGGGCUGGGCGGGCCCCUCUUCCAGGUCUUCGCGUUCUGCGGCUUCUUCGAGAUGCUGACCACCUACCCGAAGUUCUGCAAGACCGGCAACGAGGUGACCAUCGAUAACGCCGGCGACUACAAGCUGGGGAUCAAUUUCCUUCCCACGGAGACGGCGGCCGCCAACGGCAUGAAGUUGAAGGAGCUCAAGAACGGUCGCCUCGCGAUGCUGGCCUUCAGCGGCGCCAUCACGCAGGCCGUCGCCACGGGCAGCGGCUUCCCCUGGCUGGGCGCCGUGGCGACGGAGAAGGCCGGCAGCGGCUUCGGCGCCAGCGUGAGGCCCGCCGCUGGGGCCCUAGCCAGGGGCGCCAGCCGUGUGGCCAUGCGCGCGGGGCCCGAGGGCGGGUACAAGAUGAGCAAGGCUGUGCCCUUCCUGCCAGUGUCUCCGGCUCUCGAGGGCUACGUCGGCGAGGAGGACGGCUUCGACCCGAUCGGCAUGUCCCUCGCCUGGGACAUCCGCUGGCUGCGCGAGGCCGAGCUGAAGCACGGUCGCGUGGCGAUGCUGGCUGUGGUCGGCUGGAUCACCACGGACCUGGGGUUCCGCGUCCCCGGCGAGCCCUUCGCAAACUUGUCGACCCUCGAUGCGCACGACGCCAUGGUCAAGUUCGGCUCCAUGCCGCAGAUGCUUUGCUGGGCCGGCUACUUCGAAGCCUUCGGCUUCCUGGCGAUCAUCAACGCGAUGGAGGGCAAGACCGACCGCAAGCCAGGCGACUUCGGCAUCCGCACUUGGUACCCCAAGGACGAGAAGGGCCAGUACGAGAUGCAGCUGAAGGAGCUGCGGAACGGCCGGCUGGCCAUGCUGGCUUUCGGCGGCAUCGCCACUGCGGGCGCCUUCUCCGGCAAGACCUGGCCCUUCUUCGGCGUCGACGUCUUCGCGGAGGGCUCCACGCGCCGCGCGGCCUCCGUUGCGGGCACGCAGUCGUCGUUCUGCGGGGCCUCCAGGGCGCCGCAGCGCAGCAGGACCAGCGCAGUGGCUGCCCGCGCCGAGGUAAGCCGCAGCUUGCCCUUCAUGCCCAAGCCCCAGAACCUCGCCGGGUACGUCGGAGAGGAGCAGGAGUUCGACCCGCUCGGCUUCUCUGACACCUUCGACAUGAAGUGGCUGCGCGAGUCGGAACUCAAGCACGGCCGCGUCUGCAUGCUGGCGACUGUCGGCUUCGCCACCCAGCAGUACGCCACGUUCCCCGGCAUGGCGCCCACGGAGAACGCCCUGAACGCAGUCUACACCGAGACCAACGGCCUCAUCACUCUCAUCUUCCUCGCCGGCUACAUCGAGAGCCAGACCUACAACGGGAAGGUCACGAUGUUGGACAUGUUCGAGGGCGAGGACGACAAGGUGCCUGGGGACUUCAACUUCGGCAGCGGCUUCCUGAAGGGCAAGACCGACAAGGAGGUCUACGACAUGAAGCUGAAGGAGCUCAACAACGGCCGGCUGGCGAUGCUGGCCUUCGGCGGCAUGGUGCACCACAACCUGGUCGUCAACGGACCCCUCUUCCCCAUCUUCCCCGACGGCUGGAAGGGCCCGCAGGGCACCUGGACGGUCAACGGCUUCCCCAUCGAGAGCAUGGCGAGCAGGCUGGUCGAGGAGGGCGGCGGCAACAGCCCCAUCGGCGUGCAGAACCUCUUCUGA